CUCCCACCCGGGCCAGCAAGGCUGUUCCCGCCCACCGAGAGCAGAAGCGGGCGGCGGAGCCGGGGACUCGGCGCUUGCUCGGGGCGAGAGCUCAGGAUGGCAAAUCUUGGUUAUCCUUUUCCCCAUUUUAACCGUCACAACAAACCUGUGGGGUAGGUUUGGGUUAGGAGACGAGGACUGACCCAAGCAAGAUACGGGGAAGAUCUAGCUAAGACUGUGAAGUAAUUGCAGACUUUGGGGAUUUGCCAAGAUGUUGGAGGAAGAUCUGGAAGUGGCCAUCAAAGUGGUGGUCGUUGGAAACGGAGCUGUUGGGAAGUCCAGUAUGAUCCAGAGAUAUUGCAAAGGAAUUUUCACAAAAGAUUACAAGAAAACUAUUGGAGUUGAUUUCCUGGAAAGAGAAAUGCAAGUCAACAAUGAAGAUGUCCGACUGAUGCUGUGGGACACAGCAGGUCAAGAAGAAUUUGAUGCAAUUACGAAAGCUUAUUACAGAGGAGCCCAAGCGUGCGUGCUUGUGUUUUCGACUGUUGACAGAGAGUCUUUUGAAGCAAUCCCUACUUGGAAGGAGAAAGUAGUAUCUGAAGUCGGAGACAUCCCUACAGUGCUUGUUCAGAAUAAAAUUGACCUCCUAGAUGAAUCUUGUAUAAAGAAUGAAGAAGCAGAAGCGUUGGCAAAAAAGCUAAAAUUAAGAUUCUACCGAGCAUCUGUAAAGGAGGACCUAAACGUAACAGAAGUUUUUAAGUAUUUGGCUGAGAAGUAUCUUCAAAAACUCAAACAAAGAAUAGUUGAAGAUCCAGAAGUAGUACACACAAGUAGUAACAAAAUCGGUGUUUUCAACACAGCAGGUGGAAGUCAUUCUGGGCAGAAUUCUAACUUGCUUAAUGGUGGUGAUGUCAUCAACCUAAGGCCAAACAAACAAAGGACCAAGAAAAACAGAAGCCCUUUUAGCAACUGCAGCAUUCCCUAACACUCCCGCAUAGAGAAGAAAAGAUGGUCUGUCACAGCUGCUCGGCUGAAACCCAUAAGGGACACAACUGGCUGUAGAGGUGUUUUAUCAGUGCUUUAGCAGAUGUUGCACGCAUUGGAUCUUGCAUUGAUAGUGGAUAUUCCUGUUGCAAUGAAUUAUUAUCAGUACAUAAUGAGACCCCCAGCAGCACAAAAAUAGAACCGUUGCCCCCAUGCAUUUGUUUUACAUUCAAUAGGACAACUUUCCAGGCGAAAGAUGCGUUGUAUUAAAGUGUACAAUAGGUUUCACUUUAUUAAAAAGAAGAAGAAAAAGUUCAGCUGAAAUGCUUAAGUAUUGGUACCAUUCAAGAGAAAAUGCCUUUCCCUACUUAUUUGACCACAUAGCUCAGUUGGGAUUAAUAGUUUGUUAAACUACCCUAUGCACAUUCUGGCAAUAUUGGCGGUGCAAUAUUUAUAUAGCUUAUGAAUUCUAGCUGCAAUGUGUGUAUAGAAAAACUUGGUCAGAGAUUCAGGAUAAUAAAUCAGGUACUGGGCCCAAUGAUAUGUUCCUGAUAAUUUCUGAACUGGCAUCCUAAAGAUGACUUCCACUUAAAAAAAAUAAUUGAACAAACCUUUCCCAAAUGGUAUUGUGCAUGCUUACAUUCUCCCUACUCUGUGGGCCUUAACUUUUCUUUUUAAAAAUUGUACGGUGCCAAAGGCAAAUACUUCUGCUGCUACACCUAGAUGUUUUAGUUAAUUUAGUGUCAUAUGUAUAUACAUAUAUAUUCUAAAUUUUAAUGAGGCAAGCAGGUGAUAAAUGGUACAGCCUGGUAGUUCUAUUUUCAAUCAGCUCUUUUUUUGAAAAAAUAGAACCCUAUAGCUUAUAUAUUAAUGGAAAAACAUGGCAAAAUAUAAAGAGAUUUUUUUAUCAAAGUGCUUUUGAGGACUUUUUCUAGUGCUUGUUGUAAUAUCUAUUGAGCAUCCCAGGUUCAGGGAAAUAAGCCCCCCCCUUUUUUUUGUUACUUUAAAUACACACUUGUUCUUAAUCAUGCCGUUGUGGCUCUUAUGCAUAGUCUUAGAGCAAGACCUUCCAGGUUCAUGGGACAUGCUUUAAAUAAACAUGCAUAGGAUUAAAUUGUUGGCCCUUUAAUGGUGUACCCCAGUAAAGUGGGUUGGAGCCAGAGCUAAGGGUACAUAUUGGGACUUGGGGAAAACUGACUUCCAUAUCCCUUCCUCUCUACAACAACCCCCCUGAACAUGGUCCACUAACUUUUUUGAGGCUGAAUGUGAUAGGGUUAUGAAGGCUCUCUCUGUGGAUUCUCCCUCAGCUCUCCUAUGUCACAGCCCACCCCAUUCAUCAGGAUGGCAGCAUUUUCAGGGCACUUGGGUUGAGGGCAUUAGUUGUUUUUAAAAAAUCUCAAGCUGCAAGAUCAUUGGUAAAACUUUAACCCUAGUUCUCUUUGUUGAAGCAUGCAUUUAUAAGAUUGCUUUCUGUUUACAUGUUGUUUAAUAUUUCUACAGUAUUUCUGUAACUAAGUACUGUCACUACCAAAUUACUCUGAUUCUAAACUUUGGAUAUUAGUAGCUGAGGAACGUAAUUAUAUCCAAUGGCGAAUAACAUGACCUGGAGCUCUGGCAGCUGAAUUGUACAGUUCUUUUGAAUAUUGAUCUCGUUUCAUGAAUGUUACUUUUCAGCUACCCGAUGGAUUCCUUUUAAAACUAUAUCCAUCAACCUUGAAAUAUUGCAUUGUCCGUCCUAAGAGAACAUCCCACAGUAAGUGUUGUAUUUUGAGAGAGGGCUUCUGAAAUUCCAUGAACAUGCAUAUGCUAAAACUAACAUACUUUUUUCUUCGAUGGGAGUCUUUGCCUAGCUAUCGAGUAACAUGGAAUGAAAAGUAUAUAGUUAUACAUACAUAAUGAAUAGCAUAGGAUUCCUUUUGCUUUCAUAACCAUUCCCAUUGCUGGCGAUGAGUUGGGCAUUGCAGGGUCCAAACUGUAUUAAGUCUUGCUUUGUUUUGACAAAUGCAAGAGCAUAUCAGCAAGUUACCAAUUGUCCACUGUCAACUCAAUCUUACUUACGUAUCUGUGGCUCUGUGUGCACAUUAUUUUUAUAUGAAAAUUUUUACAUUAAACUUAGUAGCCUUACAUGUUUUGUACUUGUGAACAGAAGGAAUCUGAUCUCAGUGAUUUUUUUACUUGUUUGCCUUUGUAUAAAAUAGUGCAAAUGUAAUGUGUGUUUAUAACAUGUACUUGUGCUGCUGUAUGUUGAGGUUUGAGCGCAUACUGUUUUCAGAAUUUAAAGCUUGAGUUGAGUGCCUUUAGUAGGCUAAAGAUUGAUAACGGACCAUCCUAGAUAUCUCUAGGAUAUCUUUUCUUAACGCCAGAAAAUUAUUACAGAAGUCCUCUGUAAUGCAUUUUCAAUAUAGAUGUAUUAAGUACAGAAGGAAGAUGCACUACCAGUCAUUUUUGUAUCAUGUUCAACUACGAGUCCUGUUGGCAGAAGCCCUGCACCAGGAUUUCUGUUUGCACAAGGGGGGUUCCCCCACUUUUCCUCCCCACAUGCACCCCAGAGCAGCACAUAAGAGAAGGAAUUGUUCCAUCUGGCAAGCCAACAUGCUUGCACUGAGGGAUCAGUCAGAGUACAGUGUUGAAUUCCUGCCUAAUGAGCAACUGCGUUAAUUGAAAGUCAUUGCUAGAUGUCUAAGCGAGAAGACUUUUCAUGCAAAAAACAACAACUCUGCAUAUGUUGCUAAAAGUAUGGGUAACACUGCCAGCUUUGAUAGUUGUGAUAGUUGGCCCAUUUUGAAGGAGGGAAGUGGGUCCAGCUAACACCUCUACAGCGGUGAUUUGCGCUGUUAACCAGCUAUCUACCUUGCUCUUUGUCUACAGUCCCAGGCUAGAAAACAUCAUUUUUCAUGCAGCACUGGAUACUGGAAGUGUAUCUCUCUCUGCUUGUUCCUUUAUGUGCACAAAAUAGACUCCAUUGGUAUUGUCUGUGUGCCAAAGCCUAUUUCCAUACCCCUGUGCCCCUUAGGUGAAUUGGAACCUAAGGAUUUUAACCGAAAGCUGAUUUUCCAUAAAACUGGCAUGCAGUCAAAUGGUAUUUACUAACAUUCUUUUCCUAAAUCAUAAUAUGCCUUGGAUACAAUGCAGUGUCUGCCGGGCAUUCAACUAUUCUCAAAUUUUUAAAGGUGCCAGUUAUGUUAUAGUAUGCCUGAUUCUGAGUUAUGUUUCAAGUCUUAACUAUUGUAGGAUAACAAAAGUGACUGGUAUUCUGUCUGUUUACUGCAUUUAUUAAUAAGUUGUAGGCAGAUUUUCAUUUUUUAAAAAAACAGAAAACCUCCAGAGCUGUUUACAGUAGUAAAAACUAUGCUAAUGAAGUAAUAAACAUCCCUCAAACAG